AUGAACGCAGUCGUCUCACCACAAAAUAAUUACACUCGCCAACACCAUCACAAUAUAACAUUACCUCCACAUGCUCAGCACAAUCCACCUGCACCUCAACCUAAUGGCAACAAUAAUAAUUCCAAUGGAAAUAACACCAACAAAUGUAUCUCCGUCGUCGGUGUACCUUCAGUACACAUAUCCAACAACAGACUCGUCGUUGGCUCGUCCUCAUCAUCGUCUACACGGUCAUAUACGCCGCUUAAAGUUCUUGGAGACGGCUCUUUUGGAACGGUCUGGUUAUGUGAUUGGCAUGGAACUCUGCCGCCUAAUACACCUUUGUCGCCUAUGCAGUGUGGGGCAGGUGCGAGGCCCGAGUGGGUGGGAAAGAGAUUGGUGGCGGUAAAGAGAAUGAAGAAGAGGUGGGAAGGUGGUUGGGAUGAGUGUCAACAGUUGAAAGAGUUGGAGAGUCUCCGCGCUAUUCCUUUUCAUCCCAAUAUCAUUCCUUUAUACGAUUUUUUCCUAAUGCCAGCAACCAAAGAACUGUACUUUGUAUUCGAAUCUAUGGAGGGCAACCUGUACCACCUCAUCAAAGCUCGUAAAGGUCGUCCACUCGCUGGUGGCCUCGUCGCCUCCAUUUUCUUUCAAAUCGUCUCUGGUUUAUCACACAUUCACGCCCACGGGUACUUUCACCGUGACAUGAAACCCGAAAACGUCUUAGUCACCACUACCGGUUUAUUCGACUACACUACCCUCUCGCCUAUCGCUCCUCCACAUGCACCGCCAGAAAAAGAUGUGGUUGCGAUUAUCAAGCUAGCUGAUUUUGGUCUGGCGAGGGAGACGAAAAGUAAGCCUCCGUAUACAGAGUAUGUGUCGACGAGGUGGUACAGGGCACCAGAGGUAUUGUUGUUGAGUAGAGAUUAUUCGAACCCCGUAGAUAUGUGGGCGUUGGGAACGAUUAUGGCAGAAUUGGUCAAUCUCCGUCCGUUGUUUCCUGGAUUGGACCAGGUAGAUCAGAUUGCGAAGAUUUGUCAGGUCUUGGGCAAUCCGGCGGAUGAUCAUGGUGUAGAUGUGUCAGGUGCACCUAUGGGCGGUGGCGCAUGGUCUAAAGGAUUGGAGAUGGCUGCUCACGUUGGGUUCGAGUUUAGAAGAGUGAGUGCAAUAUAUUUGUCGUUUCUAACAUCAUUUAUUUAA